UGUGAACAUCUCAGUUAUAAAUCUGUUGUGGACAGACAACUAUAUUAUUUCUAUUACAAGAAGCAACACACUUCAUUUCUAAAUUGAUAUCAUACGUCGAACAAAAUAUCCCACCAUGAGUAAUUUUUCUAAAGUAAUCGAUGUGAACGAAUUCGGUCCACAUAUUAAUAUUAAUAAUUAUAAUAGCUUCUUUCACGAAAACAUUUGCCACGUCUGCAAGAAAGUAAACAAUGGAUCUUUUAUAUCAUGUAAUCUGUGCGAUAUGAUCUCUUAUUGCACUCCUGAACACAGCCUGAUGCAUCGUCCACAACAUAUGCAGAUUUGUGAAUAUAUAAUCCGAGUUUUACGAGAGAAUAAAAUACGCCGAGACUGUGCUUUAAGUUUAUUUAAAUGGAUUCAGUUAAGACAACAAUUUCUAAGCUCAAUUAAAAAAUGGAUUCCACGUAAGCUAAAGCUAUAUGAAGAACAAAUGAUUCUUUUUGCAAAAUCAUGCUCUAUUUGUCAUAGACAGAUUAAUUUGGAACAUUGCCAAACGUGUUAUUCGGACUAUUAUUGCAGUGAGCAUAUACAGGAAUUUCAAGGUUUGCAUAAGCCAAAAUGCCAACAUUUUACAUUGUAUAUCAACAUUAAUAUCGGAGCUUUUUUAUGCGAAUUCACUGAGUCAAAAUUCACUAAUAUUAUUUAUCAAAGAAAACCUUUUAGUGACAUGAAUACAUUUAUUGGAUCAUAUGUGAAUCUUCGCGCAUCAGUUGACAUAGCUGCAAUGAAUUCUAAAUAUUUCUACUGUGAUUAUAUAUCAGGACCGUUAACAUUCUUUCAUGGAAUAAUGAAUUUUGGUUUAUAUUCACUAAAAAGAUUUGAAACUAAAUAUGUUAUACACAUGGUAGCACUAAAUGUUUUAGAAAGAGAAUAUUUAAAUGCUUGGGAAAUCCUUUUACAUCUCUUAUCUCCCAUAAAGGAUCUAACAAUUGUACUAGUAGGGCCAAAUUUUGAGCAGGAUCAUUAUGACAUAGAACUUUGUGUUUCUUGCAAGGACAGGAAUGCAGUGAUUCAUGUUGAAAUUUAUAAUACAUUUUACCAUAUGUAUGUAGCCGGUCCGUCCUUUAAAAUACCAAAUGUUAUUAUAGAAUUGCAAGCAGAUUUUAAUAAUGAGUGGACAUGUUCGCGGAGCAUAUUUUUAUCAGGGAUUAGACACUGUCCGUUGAUUUUAACUACCACAUCGGCAAAAAAAGCAGAACAGAACGUGUCUAUUUUAAAACAAAUUAUAGGUUCGUAUAUACAACCUCUCUAUAGUGCUCAAAAUCCUUUAAGAUCUUGGAGGCCAUGGAGGGAUUUGGAGACUGGUUCUGUAUAUUUUCGUAAUCAUUAUGUAACUGUCUAUCGUAACACACUUCUUUUAUCGAGUCCUUACUAAACAAUUUGAAAUAUUUGUAUACGAUUUUAGUAUUACGUUGAUAACAUUACUGAAUAUAAUAUAAAAUAUGUAUUGUUUGUACAAGCGAAUUAUGAAUAUUUUUAAUAAAAGGCACUUUUCAUUGUA